CAUGCCUUCUUUCCUCUCCUCCCUAUCCGCAAGGCCUUCAAAUAUGUAUACCUUCACAUAUUCGUCUUCGCUAAUGUUUUACUGGUUUUCCCAGCAUAUUUUUCCCAUUUUCUCGCUGUACCCAAGUGGAGAGAGAGAGCGUAGGUAGAGAGAGAGAGAGAAAGAGAGGAUUGGCGAUGGCGACAGAUAUAGUUGCAGCAGUCCCGGUAGUUGCAGAAGUGGCUGUAAAAAACCCAGAAAUGCAGAAGAAGAACAGGAUUCAGGUUUCCAAUACCAAGAAACCGCUCUUCUUCUACGUCAAUCUUGCCAAGAGGUACAUGCAGCAGCACAAUGAGGUUGAGCUUUCUGCUUUGGGCAUGGCAAUCACGACAGUUGUCACGAUUGCUGAGAUUCUGAAGAACAACGGCCUGGCUACUGAGAAGAAGGUUUUGACAUCUACCGUUGGCAUGAAAGAUGAAACCAAGGGCCGACUUAUUCAAAAGGCCAGGAUUGAGAUUGUGCUUCAGAAGACUGAAAAAUUUGACCGUGUGAUGGCAGCUCCCACUAGUGCAGCUCCGGAGGCUGCCGCUGAAAACAAGGAUGAGAAGCAAACAGCUGCAGCAUAGUACCACGUUCCCUUUGUUGUAGCUUGAAUAUUCCCUUCUUGUUCACAGUUGUAAAGAUACAAGGGAUAGAAAUGUAUGAAUGUAGUAGUUGUUUGAAAUUCCUGCUGCUAUGCGGUUGUUGUAGGAAAACAGAUAACUACCUUGAUGUGGUUCAGAAAUAUGAGAUGUGCAUCUGUUUUUCUUUCGAACU